AUAAGCACAGACGUCCAUUGUUCCCUUCUGAGAAUAUAAUAGAACAAUUUGUGGCAUGAACCAUACGCCUUUAUUUUGUGCCAGCUUUUCAUGAAUGUUAAGAUGGCGAACGUGUGGAAAUUUUGUUGUGAAGUUGUUUUAAUACUUGUGGUUGCUAAAGAAACUUUGGGUGGUUGCACACAAGAUGGAUUGUCUUAUAAAUGCGAAAGUGAAGUUGAUGGAAAAACUACAAGUGUUGGUGUAACAUUGGUAAAUUGCAAGCCACCAAAAAUUAAAAUUGAACUGACCAUUGAAGCGAUAGAACUUAGUUAUGAAAAAGAAUUUGACUCUUCAACAGAUAUUCCAAUCCCCGGAGCAUCACUUGGUGGACUGGCUGGUCUGUACAUUAAUGUUCAGUUGAAAGAUGACUCUAACGAUAACAUACACAUAAAGAUCAACCUACGAGUAAAGACCCUCAUUUUCACAGCAACAAUACCAGUUAUGGACGAACGUGUUGCACACAAUGAUUGCAACGAAUUUCUUGUGUGGUGGUAUUCACAAAAAAAACCGAUAAGAAUUGUUAUCAUAAUUGGAGCAAUCGCACUGGUGAUUGCAUUAAUCUCGUGUUGCUGUCGUUGUUAUCGUCGUCGUCAACGAACACAAUUUGUCAUGGCACCAGCGAUGUCACCAGCCAACAUCAUGGUUGUAAAUACUUCCAAUAAUAUGCAAACGACAGCGCCGCCGCCAUAUACCUCAAGUUCUAAGCUUCCCUAUUCCAAAUUACAAGAAUACAAUUGACGAAGCUUUACUCCAAAUCACGUUGUAUGAACUCCGGAUUAUAUAACUGUAGAUACAAAUUGUACGAAGUUAUUCCUAUUUGUUAUUUCAUGAGUGUUUAGAAAGUUAAAACGUGUACGCUAAACGUGGAUGCUCAGGAAAUGUUGAAUUUUAACAAAUUUUUACCUGGGAACAUUGAUUUUUUGAAAAAUAUAAAGAAUUUAGAAGUUGAUUUUAAGUGUAUGCACGAGGAGCUUGUGUUCCAGUCAUUUCAAGCUCGUUCUCAGGGCAUUUUGCCUUGUUGAUGAAGUUGAUAGCGUCCUCCGACUCAGGGGGGACAAGACCCUAGGGACGAGGUUCGAGUGAUUCAGGACUUGACGAUACCUAUAUACUACUACUUUUUAAUUUAACAUUUAAAGGAAGAGGAGGGGUAGAAUAAGAAUGCUGUAAAAUUUUCGUACACUUUGCGAUUUGUGAAUCGUCCCUGUGUGUCCGUAUUGUAUUACAUUAGUUACGUUAACAUUGCUUUUUCAAAUAUUAGAAUCAGAAAAUUUCAGGGAACGCGGUUACGCGGAAGUGCAUGUCUUUCCAAAAUUUUCAUAAUACUUUUAUCUGGAGUAUUUGUUAUGUAACUAACGAUUAGAAAUAAAAAAAGGAACACAUACGUA